AUGUUCAACAUGGCACGCUCCGGCAUGGCGAGCCGAACCAUGCGCUUCGACGAGUAUUACCGCUGUUACCCCAUCGUCAUGGCCCCCGGUGCUGAGCGACCAGAUCUCAACUACGGCUCCAAGAUCCUCCUGCCCCAGUCCGCCCUCAACAAGAUCUCCCGCCUGCACGUCCAGUGGCCCCUGACCAUGGAGCUCGUCAACGGCGACAAGGAGAAGCACACCCACUGCGGUGUCCUCGAGUUCACCGCCGAGGAGGGCCGCGCAUACAUUCCCCAGUGGAUGAUGCAGACGCUGGUCCUCGACGUCGGAGAUAUGGUCCAGAUCAGGACCACCUCGCUCUCGCCUGCCAAGAUGGUCAAGCUGCAGCCUCAGUCCGUCAGCUUCCUCGAGAUCAGCGACCCCAAGGCCGUCCUCGAACACGCCUUCCGGAACUUCGCCACACUUACCAAGGGCGAUGUCUUCAACUUCAAGUACAACGAUGAGGUCUACGACAUUGCCGUGCUCGAGGUGAAGCCCGUGACCGAGAAGAUGGGCGUCAGCAUGAUCGAAACAGAUGUCUCGGUCGACUUCGCACCCCCAAUAGGCUACGUGGAGCCGGAAAAGCGCACAGGUAGCGGUACGAGCACGCCGAGAAGCACGCAGGGCGGACUGCCGGCCGGUGGGCUGUUGCACAGCCAGGGGACUAUGGCUCAAGAUAUCAACUACGAUGCGAUCAAGCCCAACGGAACGAACGCCGCAGCAGGUGCACGGGCAGUGGCCUCGCACUUCAUCAGCGAAGGCCACAAGCUCAACGCAAAGAAAGGUGCCAAGGGCCCCUCCCCGAAGCCCUCCACCCCCGUCGCAGGCAAGUCCUCGAACCCACCGCCCCAGCCCAUGAGGAGGAUAAAUGGGCCUCAGCCCCUGCGUCUCCCACCCAACAAGCUCUUCUUCGGCUACGAAGUCAAGCCCGUCAAGACGGACGCAGACAAGCAGGCGGAGAAGGAGAAUGCCAACAGGCCACGCUUCGAGGGCCAGGGGCAGACUCUUAGGGGAGGCGCUAUCAAGAGGAAAGGCGACGAGGACGAGAAGCCGAAGGCCCCAGAGAAGAAGCCAGACGGGGGCGGCCGUCGGUUAGAUGGGCGUACGGCAUAG